AUGUCAAUAAUAGUUUUACUACAGCCCUUGGUGGUUGCUGCCGACAAUAAGGAAUUUAACGAAAGUAAUAACAAUGAUAGUGGUUCUAAAACUGUUGUUACACUUGUUGUUCUUGGCAUCAUUUUCAUAAUUGGAAUUUUAAUAAUUUGGGCGUUUAUUCGACGACGACUGAUUGUGGGCGAUAAAAAUAGGAUUCCUGAUGUUAAUGAUCCUGAGAUUGCUCGAGCAGAAGCUAGUUUGGUUGAAACUCUAGACGAUGCCGCACGACAAAACUAUGAACGCGCGCGAACUUUUCAAGAAACUUAUCCACCCGAUAGCAUUCCUACAGAAAUUACCUUAACCCAAUUCCUUUCUAUUCAGGAAAAAGGAGUCUCCGCGUGGGAAUUCGAACCGGAUCUUCAGCAUACAAGUUGUUUCGUAGAAUGUCGUACUGAAAUCGCAUUUUAUGAUAGUGAAUGUUGUGUGCAAACCAAUCUUCCAUUACCAAAACAACAAGAAGUAUAUUAUUGGGAAUGUAAAAUGUAUGAUAAACCAUCAACAACAACUGUUGCUGUCGGAUUGGCGACUAAACCUUAUCCUUUAUUCCGAUUACCAGGUUGGAAUCGUCAGUCAGUUGCAUAUUUUUCAGAUACUGGAUCUAAAUAUUAUAAUUCACCAUUCAACGGAAAACCUUAUGGUCCUCACUUUCAUCAAGGUGAUGUUGUCGGUAUUGGAUAUCGUCCAAGGACUGGUACCGUUUUCUUUACACGUAAUGGUAAAAAAUUGGAUGAUGCAUUUACCGGAAUGAAAAUGAAUCUGUUUCCAACCGUUGGAGCAAAUGGUCCAUGCACUGUUCAUGUUAAUUUUGGUCAAAUAGGGUUUGUUUUUAUUGAAGCAAACGUUAAAAAAUGGGGUCUUGCCCCAACAAUGGGAACACUUGCUCCACCACCUGCAUAUGGUUCUGAAAGGGGCUCAAUUUUAUUAGAGUCAAGUUCUAGAGGGCGUCCAUCCGAAGACGUUCCUCGUUCACAAUAUUCACAUGUUGAUAAUGGUAUCAUUAAUGAAAUACCGGAUGCAGGCUUGGACAUUUCUCUUUCUGAUAUUACUGUUCCACCACCUUCUUAUUCUUCAGUAGAUCGAUAUAUUGAACGUCUUUCUUUCAUGUCUGAAAAUUCCGAAACUUAUUUAUUGGCUGGUGAACAAAAUGAUUCACGAAGAAAUAGUUAUGAAAGUUCAUCUAGGGACCAACAACGAAAUGCCUGA